UCUUCUGUGCACUUCUCCCUAGAGAGAGAGAGAGAGAGAGAGAGAGAGAAAUGCUGGGAAGAGUGAGGAGAUCGUCGAUUAGCUCGUUGGAGCAGUUGGAGUUGGAGAGGCAAUCUCCCAAGCUCAUGAAAUCAGAUUAUCUCUCCAUCUAUGAGACUACACUGCUGAAGUUAAAAGAAGGUUCUCGGCGUGAUAUAAGCACAUGUUUGGAGGAUUCGAAAGGAGAUGAAGCAUCUUCUGCAAUCGAUGUGGAUUCUUCGUCUUGUGAUUUGACAGAGGAUUCACGAAGACAACAACGAAAGACGGGAAAUUUUUCUCUUCCUUACCUGUUUUUAAGGUACAGAAGUUCUCGUCAGGCAGUAAGCUCACCUGAUGAGGAUAGCUGUUCCUCUGCAAGUACUUCACCUUGUCAUAGCAUUGUCCAAAGCAGCUCAUGACACAACUUAUAGCAGGGACACAAUUCAUGUAAAAUUUGUAUGAUGAGCAGUGGAGCACUGCUACUUUAUUCUCAUGUAAUUUGAUUUAGGAUCACAUUAUUCUUCUUCUAACAACUGGUUAUUUAUGUUGUUAAAAUUGAGGUUUGUGAGUUGUGACAUCUGUCUAUAUGAGUUUCUUGGCAUGAUUGGCAACAUGCAUAAUUCACCAUGAAGAAAAGUUAUGCUCA